CUUUGCGUGACCGCGGCAGGUUGGUCCUGGAGCAGAUGAGCGCAGAAUAUUUAGGCGAAAGCGCGAGGAGGGGGGGAGCGCGGGGCAGGAGGAGUAUCUCGGCCAAGAAAAUUAUGCAUGCGUUAGGGAAGCUCUGAGAGAAUGGCUGUGGAAGCUCUCCACUGCGGUUUGAACCCACGGGGUAUUGAUCACCCUGCCUGUGCCGAAGGUAUUAAACUGCAAAUUGAAGGUGAAGGCAUUGAAUCUCAAUCCAUUAAAAACAAAAACUUCCAGAAGGUGCUUGACCAAAAAGGAACCCCCAAGCGACUGCAGGCAGAAGCCGAGACAGCUAAGUCGGCUACGGUGAAGCUGUCAAAACCAGUGGCUCUGUGGACUCAGCAGGAUGUCUGCAAGUGGUUGAAGAAACAUUGUCCGAAUCAGUAUCAGAUCUACAGCGAGUCGUUCAAACAGCAUGACAUAACUGGGCGCGCCCUGCUGAGACUUACAGACAAAAAGCUCGAGCGAAUGGGGAUUGCCCAGGAGAACCUCCGGCAGCACAUCCUACAACAGGUGCUCCAGCUGAAGGUGCGAGAAGAAGUCAGAAACCUACAGUUACUCACACAAGCCUCAACCGAGGGUUCUCCAUAAACAUGGUUAGCCUUCCAAGCUGCUGUCCUGCCAGUCGAUAUGAACAUGGCCUGUUCCUCACAGAAAGAUGAACUCUUGAUGCUGCCAGAAGAUAUCCUUGGAGCAUUGACAGAUUAACUGGAUUAACUGGAAAAAAAAAAAAAUUCGGUCAAGAUUAUGGGCUUUGGAAAGUCUUAGUUUGCUAUGGGUUUUUAAAUGAGGUGCAUAAUAUACAGUGCCAACUUGUUCCAAGUGGUCAUUGGCAGACCAUUAGCUGGAAAAUAGCUUCCAGUUUUCAUCACUGUGCAUAACUCAAGCUCCCUCGGGGAGCUGUCUGUGCCCUUCACUAGAAGUCCUGUUUUAGCAUGGCAACUACUGGAUUAUUUUAUUAUGUGUGCAGAUGGCAUGAUGUGUUAGAAAAAAAAAAUUACAGCAGUUCUGCAGUCUCAGUGGAAGUGUUCACAAUAUUAGGCCCUGGUAGGAAUGUAAACAUGUCUUGAUUGUGUUAGUUACGGCGUCUAAAGGCAUUUUGUCCAACUCUUAAGCACUUUACAUGACAACACUACACGGAAACGAAUCCACACGUUCGAUACAUGUGAGACAACCGAGUCUUUUCUUCUUUCUUUUUGUAAAUCUUGUCCUAUUUCUGGCUCAGACUGUCCAAGACAAGACUCCACUCCUGGCACAGCCCUGGCUGUUUGUGGUAGAUGGUGAAACAUGGCCAUAAUACUGUUAGACUUAAUCUCUUGACCCUUGGCUGAACAGCUGGAUUUCUUAGAGCACCAAAGGGAAGGAGAGGUGAGCCUGGAGGUGGUACUCUCUUACCUCUUGUUUCCUCUUAACCUGGGCACAACUGGCCACGUGCACAUGCAAACACUCACACACAGGAGGCCUCUCUUUGGCCAAUGUACAUAUUCUUUCAUUCUGUAGACGCGUUCAUUCAAAAAAAGGAAGGGGGUGGCCAUCUUUUGAUCAUAGACUAUAUUGGGUCGAUGGUGAGGGCAGCGAAGUUGCAGUUUCCCUGUGCAGUCUGACUUUAACACUUUGGAAAACUUUCUAGGUCAAGGUUCGAUCACAGCUCUGAAGAGUAAAAGCAGCAAGUGACCCCCUGCAUGUCUGGAAAAGCAAGAGGUUCCAAUCCCACACUAGAUUUCUUCCUCAGUAGAGAAGCUACUAGUCCCUUUUAAUUCUUUCUGGGGUUCUACAUGCCACUAAUUUUUUUUUUUUACUCUGUUUUACAACAAAGCACAGUCCUAGGAAACGGGUCAACUCAGUUAUUGCUUGUCUUUAGGUAUUAGAGAAUUGUCCCUGUAGACGCAUCCUACAUCAUGCUUUAGCAUUUUUUUUUUUUCCUGAAAAUGUAAAGUUGACUGAACCACAGCCUCAGCACAGUGUGUUCUGAAGGCCCACAGUCCCAGCCUGGGACCGGCAGGCAUCGGGAACAUUUCUUUAAGUGAAUGUAACAAACCUGGGACCUGCCAGCACAAGCAAGCUCGGCAUUUUAAAGGGUCACCAGACACGCACUCAUUGUCUGUUCUCCCCACAUCUUGCCUCCCCUGGGGAUAUCAGGAAAUGCACAGCCCAUUGGAAAACGCCCCUGCCUGAGAUUUGGAAACGUGACAGGGAAGGAAUGAAAGCUCCAAAUGUGACUGGGUGAGUCACCCAGCGAGAUGACUCACCACAAGGCCUGAGGGCUGCAGUGCCAAACAAGGGGCUUCCCAGAGGGAACUCGGAGGAGCUCAGGUCACUGCCAAGAUCUGGCCCUUGGGUGGGUUGGCAUCAGGACCAUCAGGCCCCCAGCAGACCAUCAUUCUUUACAAAUCCAAAAUUAGGGGGCCAAACCCUGGCUGGCCACCUCAGUCUCACUGCCCAUCACAUGAGGUUCAAUUCCCAUGACAGAGCUCCUUCUAAUCUCUCAUUUCUUCCUUUCUUUAUCCAGCGAGCGUUUAUUGAGCACCUACCAUGUGCCAUGCACUGUGCAGGGGCAGCAACAGUAUACAAGGUAGACUCCCCUGCCUUUAUGUUAGCUCUUCCUCCCAAACACCAACUCCAGCCCACCUUUUCUACAAUGAAGACUGAAUUCAGACAGUGUUUUCUCCUACCAGUGUAACUUGUGUGCAAAUGCACAGGCUCAACACUUUGCAGGCAGUGCCCUUGCUGAGGAAGUGGGCAGGAGAGGAAGAGGAGGCAGGCCAUAUAUUCACACCCUUCAUGUAUAGCCAACCCUUCUAGUGCCCAGAUUUAGGUGGUAAGAGCUCCCCCAAGCAAUGUUCAGUUGCUUCCUUUAAUAUCCACCCUGCCCACUUGUCCAUCCGUUUUACAGGUAGAGCCAUUCCUCAUGAUACUGGAUUCUGGGAAGCCCCAAUUCUAUGACUGGUCCUGGGGACACAGAAUUGGGCCUGAGGAAUUCAAAUGAACUACUGCCAGGUGCCGAGACAUUGUAACUGGGAAUGAACUGGUUUAGCUGGGGGUGCUCUGAGAACUACUGUUAACACCCUUAGAAAACUGGACAUGCUUUAUGGGGCAGAUGUUCAUGAUAUGAUGAUGAUGGUUCAUCCUUACUUUGGCAUUUGCAAAAUAUGUUCUGAACAUGAGUAGAGUUUUAUAGCUUUUUUUGAGUCACAAAUGUGCUGGACAAUGAUUAAAAGAUGAUGGCUGAAGAUGGAGAUGGGAGAAGGCAAAGAUGGAAACAAUGAAAGAGCCCCAUUGAAGAUGGUGUCUCUAAAAAUGCCUUAAUUCCUGGCACAUACCACAUAUUUGCAUGUGAGCUACUACUAUUUUCCAAACUGUCAACCUCAGUUUGAAAUCAUUUGGGGGCAUAGUUUUGGAAACGUGGUGGCCUAUAAUCUGAGCAGUUACAAGCUAAACCAGCAAAAUAGAGAAAUGAUUUCCUUCACAGCCUUGGGAUUCUUUGUUAUGCAUUGAUCCACAGUUACCCAUGGUUACUUCCUGCUGUGCUGUACCUUCUUCCCAAGAUAUAUGUAGGACGUUUUACCUCCUAGAAGUGCAGAGAUGGCUGUGGUGAGUUUUGUUUAAUGGAAAGCAGGAGACAGGAAGGUAGGGGAUAAAUAUUUUGACGACUAAGGGCUGUAAACUGUGGAUGCUGAACUUUUCCUUAAACCCAGGCUGCACCUUUUAUUUAAAGGCUGUCCCCCCCCCCCCCCCCCACACACACACACACGCUUGUUCAGGAAAGUCACUCUUGGGAGUGAGCCGAAAUGAAUAAUUAUCAGACUCUUGAGGGGUACCCAGGGGAUAAAUUGUUCCAGCUCCAGAGCUGAAUUUAAAUAUGCAAAGCAUCAGUGGUCCUGCCUCAGUAAAAAGCAAAUCCCUUCAGUAGAUUAAGCCUACCUAGGGGGGCAAGAGACCCUAUCAGCUUUCUUGUGGGCGUGGCUCAUCUUCAAGUCUCUGCAGCAGCCUCUGUGAGGUGUGUAACCGCCCCCUGGACUUCUACCUCCAGAGUACAGGGAAAUAACCCCGGGUUCCCUCCAGAGUCCCUUCUCAGUUGCUCGGACAGUGGCUAAUAGUCCUUAGAUCUGAGGGACUCCUUCCUGGUUUUUAACCUUCAAGGGGAAAAGGGAUAUCAACCUUACGUGAGAAUAUAAUGGAAGGAUUAAAACUUCUAAUGGGCGUACCCCCUUGUUCCUUGCAAAUGUUUUCUUUGUCUGCAAAUGUCACAUAAUCGAUUUUGGCGCGGAACAAUGGAAGUCUCACAAAGGAAAAGUUUUCAAGACCCCCUUAGCACUUUCAUUUUACCAAAACCUCCUCUUUCAGUGCUUCAGCGGCUUCAUUCUUUGUACUGUUUUCCUCUCCAUUCAAGUAAUUUUGUUACUUGACAACUAGACUUAAAGCUGCCAUGGUCUCUUUUUAAAAGUCUAAUCUUUGAAAAUGACAUCAAUUCCUUUAUGCCUUAAAGGCAGUUUUAUUCACCUCUUCCACAACCCUCUCCACUUCACUUUCUUGCUUUGUUUUGUGAGGUGUGUUUUUUUUUUCCUCUUAAUCUCUUUCUUCUCAUGACAUAGUUCCUUGGGCAGAUUUCAAGUAUUCCACAAAGAACCCAAACAGAAAAACAUAGUCGUCCCCUUUCUUACCAGUUCUGACUAAUAAGUCCUUGUUGAGCUUGAUCUGGGUGAAAGCUUGAUGCCCAGACCACACUGGGCAGGAAUUCUCAUCCUCUGGAGAGUGGCCGGUCACUGCAGUAAUCAAAACAAGACCCGCGACUCACGAGGAAGGACAGACGGCCUGGGAGAUGCAGCUGCUUGGGCACAGCUGGGGACUGUGUUUCAAAGACUAGCAGGUCCUGUCCCUUUGUCUCUUUAGAUGUGCAUCUAAUCCUGUAGCCAGAGAACUGUCUUAUGAAUUCUGCUUUAUCAAUGUGAGUGAUCCCUGGCUCCGCUGCGCAGCUUCAAGGUCAGAGAGGGCUGCAUUUCCAUUACUUUAUUCUGGUGACUUCUGCCUCUAGUAAAGAGGCAAGAAGGCUUCAUUUUUUAAAAUGUUUUUAAAUAAAUUUUAUGGGGGUCUCAUUGACUUAACAAAGUUGCAUUAGUUUCAGGUGUACAGCAAAGUGAAUCAGUUAUACGUAAUACCUAUAUACCUUCCAAGGAGGCUUCUUUUGAAAGCUAACCACCUGUGGGAAGCUUGAAAAACUGGCCAGUUGCACAGGGAGGUUUGGCCACCCUUUAAUAAAAGGAACCAAAUCAAGCUUUCUCUAGGGAUUCUCAUUUGGGAAAUUGGCUAGGAGGAUGGUAUCAGUACAGGCUUUCUUCUGGCCAUCAUCUUGGCCCUGCAGGGAAAAUUCUGGGCAAGGAGGACAAGCACAGAGAUCUAACAUAUUUAGAGUGCAGUUUGCCCAUGACAAAUCUAGAGGAGAAGUGCCAUGGAGGAAAGGGCUGGUUUCAGACCUCCUUCCCAGCCACACAGACUGAGACAUAAUGUCCACAGAACAACAGAAAAGGGGUAGCAGAGGCUUUGUAAAUCUGGACUUUCCCAUGCCACGUUGGGCUAUUUUAAAGCCUUUCAGAGCCCCAAGCAUCCUUACUUCAGAGGCUCCCAAUUAUAUCAAGCGCUCGAAGGCACCAACAACAUACACCUAAUAAAAUUUCAAAGUAGCCAUGUGACUUGCAUUGCUUUGCAGGUGACUGGUUGACAUUAAGUGUUACAGCUAUUUAGACAUUAAUUCUGAUUAUGCAAUUCCUUUUCACAUUUUGAAGCCAGUGGUUUGGGGUUUCCAUCGUUUCAUUGCUUGUUUUGCUGUUGUUGUUUUCCAAACCUCAAACAUUUACAGAAGCCUUAGAAAGGCUCUUCGACCCAGAUCUUUUUGCCUGAAGCACAGAAAUAGAAACAGCCCUCUGAUGCAAACAAGGCAACUGUUAUAUUAAUCCAACUUUAGAGAUGCUAGCACCUAAACUCUUUAAGACCCUGAUGACUCUGCUGGUUGCCUUCUGCAUUGUUUAUAGCCUUUUAAGUUUCAGUCAUUUGGAUCAAGGGAAAUAAACGGGCUGCCUUCCCAUGGCCUUGCCACGCCAGCACGCACACAACCACUACACAUGGAAUCCUAAGCCAGAUUCAUGUGCCAAAGCACACAGAUCUGUUUCCGGUGAUCGUAUCUAAUUACCAUCCCCGACCCGACCCCCCAUUUUCUAUAAAAAUGGAUUCAUAUGCUUUACUCUAAAAAAAGUUCUAAAAUGAGAUUCGUACUCAUUAGAUCAUGACUUCUCUUGGGGUGGGGGAAUUGACUUUGCGACAUAACCUUGGAGAAAAAAUCACUGGUUAUUAAAUGCCUUGGUGAUUGCUCCUGUGCCCUUCCAAAAACCGAUGUUGGACUUCUCCCAUCUCCCCAGAGGUCAGCCUGGCCUCCCUCUCAAGCAACACAAAUAUCAUGAAGAUACCUUUGGAAGUGUCUAAACAGACUCCCUAUUCAUGCAUAAUUCCAAAAAUGGGAUUUGAAUCAAGGACUGCCUUGAUUCUGGAUUAUGUGAUCCCUAAAUCAAUUCCAAUUCUUUAGAUAUAUAUCCACAGCAUUUUUUUUUCCACCUGCAUCCUCUAUGUUAAUGUGUUUGCAUCAGGGGCUACACACUAACUCUGUCACAACUUUCGACAAAGUCUAUGCCACGUUCCCAUUCCGUGCAUCAAGAGAAGACCAAAAAAAUUUCCUUUGGUACCAGCCGCAGAGGUUCUGAAGUACAGAACCAGGUAUUUUUUCACAUCAGAAGGCCCCUGUUUAUAGGUGGAAACUUUAAAGAGAAACAAGGGAAGGGAUAUUCCUAUUUGAACUCUGGAAUCUUUGUUUUUUCAUUGUCAUUCGGGUCUCACCUCAGAGCACCCUUCUCUUUCUAGAAGCAGCAGCUUCUUCGGGGAGUGUUGGCCCCCGUUGGGGGUGGUUGGGAUUCCACUUGCUUAAACUUACAGGAAGGGCACCGUAAGGCUCUCUGAGGCUCUGCGUGAGUUCUCCACUCCUCCCUUUCCUUCACCAGUAGAAAAAUGCUAUCCUUACAAGGCCAUGUUUGAGGAGCCCUCAGUUAGCCAGUGAACCUCCACGUUACAGAGAGCUGAACAAUGCCAGGUUCUUGACUGUGCCCUCUAAGCCUCAGUCGUGAUUGGCACAGAAGCAACUAGUCUGCUGAAGAGCCGAGCCAGCACAAAUGUUUUGAAACGAAUUCAACUGAAACUCUUGUUUGUUACAUCAUACUUGCUGUAGUUCCAGUUAAUCCAACUAAUAUCAUGAGGUACUAAAUUAAAUAGCUGUACACAAAAUUUUAGAAAAGAUCGAUAUUGUAACAAAAUUACAUAUUAGCAGUAAAAAGUACCCAAGAAAAGAAAAUAUUGAUCUAUUGUGGUUUCUAUACUUGAGUUAUUCUUAGGACUCUGGAGAGACUGGCACUGCUCUGAUAAAUGAGAAGAUGGCUUUCUUUGGUCUUUGAAAAUGUUUAUCGGAGUAUAGUUGAAUUUGCAAUGUUGCGUUAGUUUCAGGUGUACAGCAAAGGGACUCAGCUACCUAUAUACACGUGUCUGUUCCUUUUCAGAUUCUUUUCCUAUAUAGGUCACUACAGCGUGUUGAGCAGAUUUCCCUGUGCUGCACAGUAGGUCCCCGUUACUCCUCCAUUCCAUAUAUGGGGAAGACGUUUUGAAUUCGAGAAUAUGAACUUGAACUAAGGGGAAACUGCCUGUCUCUCUGGGCCUCUGCUCAUCUGUUUUGGAUGCUCCCUGUUCCAUCUUAGCAGACAGGGUUUUUGGGAGGCCAAAAUGAGCAAAGGGGAGAAGCUAUGCUGUACCACCCAAAUCUGUGUAUUCAUCCUGGUGAGCUGGGCUAUUGGCUUUUGUCAGUGAGCCCUUUUCUUUUGUUUAUGCCUUCCCUUCAUAGCUCUUAUUACUGAGAUUCCAUUCUGGAAUUUUGAAAAGUAAAAUAAGAAAGUUACCAAUCAGCAUUCUGAAUGCACACCCAAUACAUGGCGGUGGGUCUACAAAGCUCAUGGUCAAGGUGCCCAUUCAUCCCCACAUCACCUCCCAAAGGUUUAGAGCACUAGCCGGGCGGAGCUCAGUGCAGGUGAAGAUUGCCAGUCCCCGGGGUUGAAGACGGCCCAUGAAGUUGACAAAUUGAGGGUCACAGGAAGCAGAGAGCCACAUCGAACUUCCUUGAUGAGCUGCCAUAUAUUAGUCUUUGUGCUAGGAAAGAAAGAGGAAGAAAAAUGAGACAAUGUGAAUUGCAUGUGAGACCAGGGCUCUCAAUUGAGUAUGAGAGGGGGAAAAAUCCUGCACAAAAAACAAAACAAACAAACAAACAAAAAAACCUAGUUCACUGUUUUGCAGACACUAACAAACAUGGCUAUAAAAGCACAUUUUGUAACACAAAAGCCUACGUAGAUCGUAGACAUGUUUAUAGCAUCCUUAAGUGAGUAGUUAAACCAGCAGUCUGAAUUCUCUUAGUCCCCUGAGUGGUUAAUUAAAUAUUUUCCUUAUUCAUUGCCCACAACUGUGGUUUUUCUCCCUCUAUGCACCCUAGAAAAAUUCCCAAGACUAGACUUAGGAGGACACAAGCCGGUUAUGUGGUAAAAUAAGAGUGCCUUUUCUGUUGGAUGUUCAUUUUAGUGCCCUGCAUUUCCAGGGCAUACCAAGUUUAGAAACUUUUUUCUCUAAACGUAGGAAUUACUAGGCACCACAAUUUUGAAAUACCAAUUUCCAUAUCUUAAGCAGCUGUCAACUUGCCAAUUCCCUUUGGGUCUCCUUUACAUUUUCUUAUAAUGUUUCCUUGUGUUUUGGGUUGUCCUCAAAAAGAGUUUUGGGGGGGGGGGCAUGACUCUUUUUAAAUUGAUAGAAAUGCAACUGUACAGAUUUUUGCCCCCUUGUAUCUGUGAGCAUGAUCUCUAUCAGGCUUGAAAAAUCUGCUUUAUCAUUUUGUAUAUUUGACUAUUUUGUAUUCAACAUUACUUGAUUCCUUAUGUGCAUGGCGAUGUAUUAAAAUGUGGGAUUUCUA